AUGGAAAUUGUGAAUCUUAUACGUUGUACAUUGUUCCUAGUUUUUAUUAUUUUGAAACCUGCAAGCUCUAUUACGUGCAAAAAAGAAACAAGUAAUACGAAAAAUUUGCUCAAGCAAAACCUGUUUUGCAACGGGUACGAUCCCAAGGUACGACCUGCAAAAAGUGAAUUCGACACAAUCAAAAUUACUUCGACUGCCUUUGUGACUGAAUUUGAUGUUAAAGAGUAUAGGCGGGUCUUGAAAGUUCAAAUACUUUACCACAUGGUUUGGGCCGAUCGUUCAUUAAAAUGGAAUUCUUCUGACUGGUCUAACAUUACCGUGCUGUAUCUCAACAGAAAAGAAAUUUGGCUACCGCAGUUCGAGCAUAUUAAUGCCGGUCAUAGAGAAGCAUCAUCUUUAGGUUGCCACCAUCUACAGUGCAAGUUACAGGAAACUGGAAGGAUCGUUUGUUUAACAAUUUGUACACUCACUGUUGACUGUUCAUUAGAUUAUUCCCGUUGGCCGUACAGCACAAUGGAUUGUCACAUGUGGUUCUCGAAUCACGAUAAAGAGCUUGUGGACGAAAUUAAUUUCUUCCCGUUACGAACAUUUAUGGCUUUGUCCGAAAAUCCUCAUGCAAACAAGUGGUGCAUGACGGCAUUUACCUCGAAGGAAACCACGCUGGACAUUCCAGGAGCUACCGGGCACACCGUUCAGGAAUUAGGUUUCAGUCUACAACACACACCCCAUACUGUAUUAGCAACAAUAUACUUUCCAGCAUUCGCUCUCGUAAUGUUGAAUAUUUUUGUCUGCUGGUUACAAUCUCCGACGAUUGAAAAGACGAAGAUAAUUUUGAUAUCUUUGGUGUGCCACUUCGUGAUUCUCGAUGCCAUAUCAAUACGCUCGAUCGUAGUACCAGACGUGGUGCUAUUCAUAAAUACAUCAAUGGUGUUGACUAUGCUGUUGUUUGUGAUCACACUGAUCCUUCGCUGGCUGAACGAUCUUCAUUCAACUCCACCAAGAACGAUCAAACGUUGGACGGUGGGGCUUACUAAUACGCGAGUGAUGGAUUGGUUUCUCCGGACUGAGUAUCUUAGUCUUGGACACAAGCCUAUUGCAAUUACCAACUAUGUGGAGCUAAGGGACUGGCCAAUGAUUGUGAGAUUAGUCGAUCGUUCCGUAUUCGUGUUGUAUGCUUUCAUAUAUCUAUUGCUCUUCUGGAUAUACAUUCCACUGCAGCAUGAUAAACAUAGCAUAAAAUUACGGAAACAUCUGUGCUCCAAUUAA